UCAGAACCAAAUCUGGACUGAUUUGAUACUAAAAGGGAAACCGAACUAGGUCGGUUCUUGUUUGGUCGCCGACAUUACUGUCGAUAUAAAUUCAAGUUCCAUGAAUACUGGAAAACCCAAGACCUAAAAUUACAUAAAAUUCAAAAGAACCCAGAGUUUACAAAAGAAGGCGGCAAGCUGCAAUGUCAACUGCGGAUGGCGAUGUCUCAGAAAGCCUCUCAGAUAUCGACGACUCCGAGGUUGCUGGAUACCUUAACAGCAAGGAGGCGGCACUGUUUAAAAGAUUAAUUUGGGAAGUACUUAACAAGGACUACGAUCAGGGAAAGAGUAGAAAACGAGCCAGAAAAGCCAAGAAAGCUGCACCUGCAGAAAAAACCGCCAAAGUUUCUACUGUGAUAAAUAACAAGGACAGGCUGAGUUCAAAAAUCGACUUUGAUGCUUUGAAGAAAUUAAAUGAAAAGCUUGGACCUGGAUUUGAAGAACGCAAAGAGUCUAAUUGCGGCAGUGGUAAACAGCUGUCAAAUCAGAAAAAGAUUCAUUUUGAAGUUAGUCCUGAUGAGGAGCUCGAACAUGAAAAUACGUACAGUGAAGAGGCUGAAGCCGGAGAAGGCUAUGACGAUGAUACACAUGUUGCAAACGACGAAUAUAAUGGAUGCAAUUAUGAUGAAGUAUACAAUUACGAUGAGGGAUAUAAUAACGACGAUGGAUAUGAUUUUGACGAAUUGUGACUCAAAUGGUCAAUGUUGUUUUCUUGAUUUCGGUUAACUUUUCGUGAUUCAGUGAAUGUUGUGAUCGAAUGGUUAACUGAUUAUCUGUUCUGUUUUUUGAGAAUUUUUUAUAAGCAUUUACUGGUUCUUAACAAUUGUAUCAGUCUGAGGAAUACAAAUUUGAGCAAUACAAUUUUGAGGAUUGGAUCAUGUUAUUAUCUAAAA